UAUUGCACAGCUUUUGUUGUAGGCCUUGGACCAAGGAUUUAUUCUAUACCUAUUUGUUUGCACAGAAAGGUCUUUGGCCUAUGAUUCAUUCUAUUUGUUUGCACUGAAAAGAAAUACAGUCAUGUGUUACAGACCUUAGACAUAGAACAUAUCAUCUCUAAACCUGGCAUUGCAAGUAUACCAGACGAAUUUGGAUUUUAUCGAAUUAACGAUUCAACGUUGCCUUCACGAAAGAAAUGAUGCUCGGUCACGUACAACCGUCGCAUCCGAUCAUCAAGUCCUUCGUUUUCUUCGAUCUGGAAACGUCGGCUCUGCACGCCGAAGUCAGACCCAGGGUCACCGAACUGUGCCUGAUCGCCGUACACAUGUCCAGCGUUGAGAGCUCGGGCACCGCGCCGAGGGUGAUGGACAAGCUGACGCUGUGCGUGUAUCCCAACAAGGAAAUCUCCCGAUCGCUUCGAAUCUGACUGGUCUCCACAAUGCUCUUAUGCUGGAUAACGACAAGCGACCUUUCGACGUCCAAGUUUGCGAGUCGAUAUGCGCCUUCCUCGGCAGACAGGCAAAACCAGUGUGUAUGGUCGCUCACAACGGAUACGAAUUCGACUUCAAGCUGCUUCGAACGGAAUUCGACCGUCUCGGACGUUCUCUACCUUCCGACCUGCCGUGUUGCGAUUCCCUGUUGGCUAUUCGUGAACUUGAGGGUGCAGAUUGGCAAGCGUGGAAGAGGCCCAGGAGGUCUUACGCCCUGCAGAAGAUGUUCGUCCGGACUUUCGGAGUGAAACCCAGAAACGUUCACGGUGCUGAAUCGGACGUGAUCACUUUACUCAAACUUGUGCUCAACCGAGGAAACGCAGUGUACCGGUGGAUGGAUGAGCACGCAACGAGGUGGACAGACGUUCAGCAAUAUUACGUCCCGAAAAAGAUCGAGGAUAAGAUACAUGUCGAACCAUCUUCGAACAGUCCGAUAGUGUAGUGAAGAGCAGACGUUCGAUAUCUUCGCAUCCAGCCUUAUUCGCUAGAACACUCAAAAAUUGUCGGCGAACGGAAAUCUAUAGAUUUCUAUUCGCCAUUGCAUGUUUUCUGAAAAGCUUUAUUUAACAAUGCAAAAGCAUUCUUUAUCCAAAUUAUCUCCUUUUUUUGUUCUUCUUCUGUUUCUUUUAUCAUAGGCAGCUGGUAAAAAUAACUGGUCUUCGGGGUCGCGGUGAACGACGCACCUGACGUCGCCGCAUUUACCUGGGAUAGCCGUUAUCGAUCUAUUGUAAAAGCAUCCUGAUUUUAGAUAUCCUUUUGUCUUCGACCGCCGGAAAGUGAUCUUUUUCACAGGUCUGCCCUCU